AUAGAGCAGCGAUAGAAUCAGCUGUCGGCAUUUUCCCUCAGCCUGAAAGAGACACAGACACAGCUGACAGCAGGACUCCUUCCACCGUUAGAACUACUAGGACUCAAGCUUUUCAACUGGCAAUCAGGAAAAAAAAGGCAAAGAAGACGACGCAUUAAGGAGAACGAUUUUGACGGGCAGAGAUUAUUGCAUCUGAGGGCAUCUAAGACCAACAACCAGCCACUGGAAGGACAGGAGGUCACCUCUGUCUGAGAGAGGUCAGCCACAUCUAUCUGUCUAAAAUAUCUGCAGCAGACUCCUCAGUGAAGCCUGCUAUUUCUUCUCAAGGGAGUAUUCCUCAGUCAGUGAACAACCUUCGCCAGUUCAAGAUGGCACAGACCUUGGAUAGGAUCCAACAAUCAGGUGUGACUCAGAACCUGGAGAAUGACUUUCUACCACCACCUCCACCACCUGACAUACUUGAGGCUGCUACCAAGCCAAACAUAACAGUGGAAGAACAACCACAAAACAUACCACCUCCUCCACACCAAACCUUUAUCAAAUUUCACCAGCAACGCCAAAUUAAUGAAUUGAAGAGACUUUAUAAGCACAUGCACCCAGAGCUGAGGAAAAACCUACAGGAGGUGGUCAAUGAGGACUGGGCUGAGGUGUUGGAUGCUGAACGGUCAGCUGCUGCCUUAGCAGCUGGUGCACAUGGCAAUGGCAACACUGUACUUCAGAGUGAGGUCCAAUCUAUGUGCUGGAUUUUUGAUAACUGGCCAUUGGACACCAUUGGAGAUCACCAAGCAGCCAAGAAGCUGAAGGAGGAAGAGACCAUCCUCAGUGGUGACGUGAAAAGCACAUCAUGGAAGUUUGAAAACCAAACAAUUAAAGACAUCAGUGCCCAGUACUCAGAAUUUUCUGGAAACUCAAGUGAUGGAAAUGAACAAGCAAAGGGUGAUGUCCUCACAGCGCUGUGGUUAUUUGAAACUCAGCCGAUGGAUUCUCUGAAUCAAAUCUACUCCAAGGAGAAUGAUCUCCAAGAAGCAGUCCUGAAAGAACCUGUACAGAAAGGGGAUGUAAGAGGUGCAAAAUUGUUAUUUGAGACCCAUCCUUUAGGUGAUUUGGGACGGAGCAACUCAGUGGAAGAAAGCAGCAUUUUGCAACUGCGCUCAGAAAUACAGGAACUGAAAGGGGAUGUAAACAAGACAGUGAAGUUAUUUGAGACAGAACCAUUGUGUGCUAUUCGAGAUACUGUCGGGAACAUCCACCAAAUCAAAUCCAUCUGCAGGGAGGAAAUCCAACAGAGUGGUAAUGUCCAAAGUGCUCGCUGGCUUUUUGAAACUCAACCCCUGGGCAAUAUUAAUAGCGAUUUCUCAAGAGUAAAAAUCAUUCGAGGCAUCUCCCUGGAAGAGACUCAACAAGGUGGUGUUGGCAAGAAAAGAUGGCUCUUUGAAACACAGGCAUUGGAUGCCAUCAACGAGCAGACCGAGGAGUCAAAUUGCACGGCUAGUAUUAAAGUAAUAGAAGGAGGAGAUGUGGAUAAGAAGUGCUGGCUCUUUGAAACUCAGCCUCUUGACUCAUUAAAGGAAAGCUCAUCAGAAGAGGUCGCUAAAGAACAAAUAAUUGGAGGCAAUGUACACAGUAGUCUUUGGUUGUUUGAGACACAGCCAAUGGAAAGUUUGAAGGACAGCUUUGAAGUUGGCCACUUAAAGAGAGUUGUCACAGAAGAAGAGAAGGGAGAUGUGAAGCAAAGAGCUCACAUGUUUGAAAGCUGUUCUCUGGAUAGUAUUAGUAAAGAGCAAAGUGAAACCUCCAAUAUCAGCAAGACAUUGGACAUAGAGAAGGGAGAUGUCAAAACUUAUAAAUCUCUUUUUGAAACUCUACCUCUUGAUAGCAUUAAAAAUUCAGAUGAAAUCUGUGCUGAGAAGCAGAUUGAAGUGUUGGCUGGAAAUGUAAAUGAGAACAGAGCUCUCUUUGAAACCAUCCCUCUUUAUGCCAUCAUGGACGGUGCUGGUCACUGUCAUCAAGUCAAGACAGUGAGCCGUGAACAAGUCAUUAGUGGUGAUGUCAAACAUUACAGAUGGAUGUUUGAAACCCGCCACUUUGAUCAGUUUGAUGAAGACAUUAAAAAUGUGGAACUGGUUAAAGGCAUCACCAAAGAGGAGGUCAGAGCUGGUAAUAUGGAGACAAUAAGAUGGCUAUUUGAGACACAGCCCCUUGAUGUCAUUCAUGCUAAUGUAAAUAAAACAGAAAUUCAAAGCUCUGACAAUAAAGAUUUGAUGAAGGGUGAUGUGAAGACAUGUAAGUGGCUGUUUGAAACACAGCCAAUGGAUGCCUUGUAUGAAAAAUUAGAGACCAAGCAGCAGGAUGAAGCCCAACCAAAAGGUGACGUCAAAUCAUACACAUGGCUUUUUGAAACACAAGCAUUGGACAGCAUCAAUGAGAAUGGAGAACAGCAUCUGAAGGUGUUCAGUGCAAACCUGGAUGAUGUUAAAGGGGUAGAUGUGAAGACCACAAAGCACCUUUUUGAAACAGAACAAAUUGGCAAUAUUGUUGAGGAGUUGGAUGAGGCACAGAAUAUGAGAUAUACAAGUGAGGUGGACAUCCAGUCAGGGAAUGUCUCAAGAGUGAAAGAAAUCUAUCAAAGCACCUCACUCAAUGAAAUAGGUGAUGUGGUGGACAAGGGAAAAAGUUUGAAAUCCAUGCAAGCGAAUGCCACAGAGUCAGGGUCAGGUUGCGUACACAAGUUCACCUGGCUGUUUGAAAAUUGCCCAAUUGACUCCAUUAAAGAAAUGGAAGAGGAGACCACACCCGAGUACACGAUUACUGAUGUAAAGGGAGGUGAUGUCGGUGGCAAAAGAUUUGUUUUUGAGACCUGCUCAUUGGACCAGAUAAAAGAUGAAACUGAUAUAAUGAGCCUCAGAUCAAAAAAGGAAGAGUCAGUGGCCACCGGUGAUGUGAAAUCAUGCACUAUGCUCUUCGAAACACAACCCCUUUAUGCAAUCCGAGAUAAAGAAGGCCAGUAUCAUGAAGUUACUACAGCAAAGAAGGAGGAAAUCAUGAGGGGAGAUGUAACGGGUACUAGGUGGCUCUUUGAAACCAAACCAUUGGAUACAAUCAAGCCACUGGAUGAAGUGUUUGUGAUCAGAGCUGUUACACAGGAGGAUGUGCACCGGGGAGAUGUGACAGCAGCUCGAUGGAAAUUUGAGACCCAGCCUUUGGAUUCAAUCAGAGAUGAAGCACAACCAGGAAUAAAAGUGGUGGAUGAGGUCCAAGGAGGAGAUGUGCAAGUGAGCAAGCAACUCUUUGAAGAGCAGCAGGUAAACCGCAAGUAUGUAAGGACAGUCAGUGUCAGUGAUGUUCAGAGUGGAGAUGUCAGGACAUCAACUUGGCUGUUUGAAAAUCUCCCCAUUGAUUCCUUGAAAGGUGGAGUUGAAGAAUGCACAGGUGCAAACACAGUCCACCGAGAAGAUAUACAGAGGGGCGAUGUAAAAAGGUGCACUUGGUUGUUUGAGUCCCAGCCAUUGGACAGCUUAAAAGAUUCAGAUACUUCAAUGAGCAAAGAACCCAAAGAAAAAGUGACAGAUGCUGAUGUGAAGACUACAACAUGGUUAUUUGAAACAACACCCCUGGACACAUUCAUUCAUGCUCAAUGUAGCACAGAGAGUGCCGAGAUGAUAGAACAAUGUGUCCAUACAAGUUUACAGACACUCUACAACUACAGUGCCAUUACAUCAAGGGGACUUAUCAUUGAAUCAAGUGAGGUAGGCAUUCUAAAAAUGGCCAAAUAUCAACUGAUGAGUCAGGAUGGUCCACAUAUUCUAAAAGAAGAGGUUAUAGGUGGCAAUUUACAGAGAAUUCUGUGGCAGUUGCUUCAAAAGAAGGAAUCCAUCUAUUCUGAAGCUAUUGUGCUGAAGGAAAAUGAAAGUGGGAGAAUCUCUUCAAACAAAGUUCAGCUGUUCUCCCAGUCCGAAGGUGGUGUUAGGAAAGAAGGGGACAUCGCUAACGAAAUUUUUAGUCUUCUUACACAAGACAGUAAAAUCAAAAAAGGGAUUUUGAUUCAAGAGACUGAAAGAGGAAUUGCUCAAAUUACUGUUUAUUUGUUAGUUAAUCAUCUCCAAAAUGAGGGAGUCAAAAAUGAGGUGAUCAAAGGAGAUGUAAAGUCUACUAUUGAAAGUCUUCUUGCUUCUACCAAGCAGCAAACAAUGUCAACGACUGUGAAACGUGAGGAGAACGAGAGAGGGAAUGUCCAAUUGUACACAACGUGCAUUGAAUCAGGGACAUUGGACUAUCUCAAGGACAGCCAAGAGGAAUCUGAUGAUCCUUCAGGUUCCCCUCAGAAAGAGGAGAUUGUACGUGGUGAUGUAGAAGGUGCUAAAAGGAAUUUGAAAGGGAGUAGAGGACAAAUUGAAAGGACGGUAGAUGACAUUGUACCAGGAGAUGUCAAAGGAACCAAGAAAUACUUCUCAACUGAAGCACAGACUGCCCAUGGUAUUGUUGAGAAAGAAGAAAUAUUAGGGGGUGAUAUCAAUCCUGUUCAUCAGUCCUUGGGUCAGGCUGCGACUCAGUCCAUUAUGAUGGAGAAAGAAGAGUUUGUGACUGGUGAUGGUAACGCUCCACUCCAGCCACUGAAGAAUGCAAAGUAUCAAACAAGACAGCUAGAUAGGGAGGAAGUUAUCUAUGACAAUGCAAAAGGCACUCUAGUUGAAGCAGAGGAAUCCACUUGUGAUAAUAAGGGAGUGAGAAUUGGACAGUGUUCAGAAUCUUCUGUACGCUCACUAGGUGGUGCAUCCCUUGCAGUGUCAGAGGUAAGGGCUGCAAGUGCCACAGGCCAGGACCUUCGAGCAGCAAUGGAGAACCUUAGAGAGGUUACAGCUGAAGCACAUACAAUUCAGCACAAAUCUAGUACACGAGAACAGUUCAAGUGUAGCACACAAUUGUCAACAGCAUCUCAGCAAUGUCACCAAACUGUUCAGUACAAGAAUACAGCGGAAAAGGUGAAGAAUAGUGCACAAACAUCCAUUCAGCAACAAGGCAGCAUCAUGCCAAGGCACAGAACGAGUGCCCAAGUGACGGUCACUCAGCCCCACCAGCUAAAGAGCCAACAGAAUACUCAACAGGUCAGUGCCUAUGAGGGACAAGGACAUAUUCAGUCAUAUGCAGCUUGCUCUAAUGAAGGUCAGAAAGGUGAAAAUUUAACCAAAAUAGUUAAAAAUGGCAGAGACGAAAUAGGAGCUUCUUCAGAACAUAUGCAGACACAUGGUCAGUACUUGUCCACUAACUUAGAGGAGGAAGAUCGGGCAGUGGCAGAUCAGGAGAUAAUUAUCAAGGGAGACGUAAGAUCAACUAUAGAGUCUUUAAAAAAUUCAGUGGCAGAGCAGAAGUCUGUCGACAGAGAGGACGUGAUUCGAGGUAACUUGCAGGCAGCUCUCCAUUCUCUGGGAAAAGCUAAUAUGAAUGUUUCCAAAGGUGAUUUUAAAGCUGCCAUGAUAUAUAGAACUGCAGGCCAGUCACAGUCAUGCGACCAAAAGAAGAGUGGUGUUAAAACUGUUUGUAACCAAAUUUCGCUAUCACAAUCUGACACUGAGUUUCCUCCUCCAAUUCCAGUGACAAAGUCCCCUGCAUCAUCGAGAGAAGCUUGUGGCCAACCGUCUGUAGAGGGCAGCCCUUUUCCCCGCAACCAGAGUGAGUCUGCUGCAAUGAAAAUCCCAGAUACUUCCCAGUUUCCUCCACCUCUUCCACCCAAAACCCAUGAAAGAAACAUCUCGCCUAAGCCAUCGAUUGCACCAAAGCCACAUGCAGUGCCCCCCAGGCACUUGCCAAUGCAGGGAGGCAAACCCAUUCCGCCUCCGAAGCCUGAACAUUUACAAGCAAUCCAAUCUGUUGCCAGUUCACCUAAUCCACCAAAAAACUAUGCAUCAGCUGUGCCAAAUUCAAACCCAUUGCCUGCUGCAGCGUGCAACUCACCAAAGUUUAAGCCCCCGAUAAAACCUAUCAGAGAAUCACUUCCUACAGAAGCUGACCACCCAUCAGAAUGUCAGGAUGCUCAACUAGAAAGGCACAGUGAGCAGUCUCUAUCAGACUCAAUGACAUCUUCCACCAUAGUACUGAGAACUCCCUUGCAGUUGGCAGAAGAGAAAUACAAGCAAAGAAAGGAAGGACGCAGCAAGCCAACUGCAAUAGUAACUAGCCCCACGGCAAAUAUGGUAUCACAAGGGAUGAGCCAACGGAAAGGAAGGAGCUGCUCUGAAAGCCUUGUUGAGGCCAGUGGCCCAAUGAACUGGGAACAAAAAAUUGUACCAAAGCAGUUGACUGCGGCAGUAAAGGUCCAGGGGUUCAUGCAGUCAUAUUCAGAGCAAAAUACAGCAAGUACUGAAAUGUUUCAGGGAUUUAAAGCUGCUCUUCACACUUCUGACACCCAGAACAAACCAAGCGCUCUUCAAAUAAACCAGGCCAGCAGUCUGAAAGAGGAUGUGACAAUGGCAGAGAAUAUGCCUGCUUUACCAAAAAAAGUUAAAAUUAUGCCAAAAACCUCAGCCAUUGGUAAAGCACAAAAGAGCCAUCAGCAUCAUGAGCCAAGUUCAGAGCUGCAUCUGCAACAGUCUGUCAAAGUGUCAUCUGAGCAGCCGCAGUCCCAAAUUGCCCAGUGUGUCAAAUGCAUUGAUCAGCAUGGGUUCAGUAACCAGGUAUCAGCUGCAAAUUGCCAGCAAGGGCUGUUUCACACAGAGCAGCAACACAGCCUACAGUCAGACAUGGUCGUAAUGCGAGGAAACCGGCAACAGGGGAAAGAGACUGAAGACGAUCGCAGGAAAAGAUUAUCAGUUCACAAAGAGGAAAUAAUGCAAGGCAAUGUGAAGGCAGCGAUGGAGAUAUUUGAAAACCUGAGGAAGCGAGAAGAGCUGCAGAAGAUCUUGUCUCAAGUUAAAGAAUUUGAAGAGGAAACUUUCAAAGUAGAUGUGAAAGGACUGAAGAGUUUAUUUGAGAAUGUGCCUGAAUGGGUGGUCCCUAAGAAUAACAUGGUUAAACAACUCAAACCAAUUAAUCGCCAAAAGGAUGAGGUGCAGAAUCAGCCGAGAAUAGCCAAGGAUGAAUCAGAAGGUUUGUCCUCUGUGGAACUUGUUUUUGAAGACCUUGAAAGGGCAAGUGCAGAGAUCAUCUAUCUGAAGGAGCAGACAUUGGCAAAGCUGUUACACAUUGAAGAGUCCAUUAAAAAGGCUCUAUAUUCUGUCUCCAAUCUGAAAUCAGAGUCUGAUAUUGCAGGACUCUCUGGCCUUUUCGGAGAAUCAUUGGGAGUUGCUUCAAGCCCCCAGUCUGGUAAUAUCAAGAAAAUUAGUUUAGUCUCCAGCAAGUCUAAUGCAGAAAAAGCCAAGGAACUUAAAGAGGGUCGUGUUGGAAAAGAAAGAUUAAACAAUUCAGAGAAACAAGUUAAACCACUGUUAGAUAUCCCAGUUGUUCCUGCCCGUGUGAACACCCCAUCAUCUCCUUCCUACAUUUCCAUUGAAUCAGCAGCUAGGAAACCUACAGAUCCCUUGAAAAAAGACCUGUCAGUUCGACCAAGAGAGGGUGUAUGCAUUUCUCCUGCUUCUCAAAAGCAGGAUGUCCCACCCCGAUCUCCUGAAAUGACAACAUACAAUGACCUUGAGGAUCCAAUUCUUUGCAAUGGAUACCAGAGUGUCAGAAUGCAGAACUCUAGAGCUGAGAUGGCGAAACAGCAGUCUGUGUGCAGGAAAGACUCCAUGCUAAGAGACACCAAUGAGUUCAUUCAAGCAAAGAAUAAAAAUGGAAGCAACAUUGUCAACGCUAGUGACAAUGCGCCCAACACAUCCACUGGCUGUAUCCCUUUAAGUGGAUUUAAAGGCAAUGCCGUUGAUAGAACUCAGAGUCCAGUCCCUCAGAGAAGCAAAAGUGUUGUAGCGUUCAAGACAGGGCCUGAUGGAGGUGAGAUAGUUGGUACGAAGACUGUCAUGGAAAAAUAUGAAGAGAUCGAUCGAUUUGGGAACAAAAUUAUCACAUCAAAAACCUCAACCACAGUCACGAAGCAAUCAGAAUCCAGAACCUCAUCAACAUUUGAGGUAGUUCAAGCACCACCCAGAUAUGAAGUUGCUACUUCUCCCCUUCUUAGUAGGCACCUGCAGAGCCCAGCAAAGUUAGCAGAGGAUUCACAUCCAAAUGCUACGGAAAGUGGAGUCGUGUUUGUUUCCUAUGGCAAUCCCAAUUCAGCAAAGAGAUGUUAAACCUGGGUUACUUUAAAAUACAACCUACAACCCUGCAUACAAGAAACAUAGUGCUGGGAAGAAAAAGACCACGAAACUGGAAAUCUGAAAUAAAACCAAAAAGAUGCUGCAAAUGCUCAGCAGGCCUGGUCAGCCUCUGAAGGGAUGGGUUAAUAUGUCAAAUGUAGGCCCCCUACUCAGGCUAGCACAGGCAUGUGAAGAGCCACUAUUAAGUGCCAGCCACUCAAUCUUUCAGCAGAUGAAAAGAAGUGGAAAUUUGAAAUGACAAUCUAGAAGUUCAGAGCAAGUUCAUCAGCAUCUGAAAAGAGAAAAGACAGGUUAAUGUUUGAGAUGUAGAUUCUUUACAGAGUUAAGCUUCGACUAGGAGCCUACGAUCACAACAUUGACCAUUCUUUCUGUUUUCAAAUGCUGCUGUUCCUAGGUUCGACCCCACAUUUGACAUUUGGACUCCACAGGAGGAGAAUUUUAACUUUGGGCAAUGGUGUAAAAUAUGUUUUAUCAAAUUAGCCACUCUUUAUUCACCACUUCCAAUUUGUCAGUCCAUGGAACAGAAAAUCAUGUAUUGGGGGCCAAUCCAAUAGCGCCUGUUUCACACCAUCUCUCAAAGUUAAAGUGACCCCCUUGUGUGUCACAUAUCUCCAGUGCUUCCUGUUUUUACUGAAGAGUUGUAGUGUUGUGAUUGUAAUUAGACUACAAUUUUGAAUUACUUUCAUUUUUCUUCUUCAAGUUUCCUUUGUAUUUCAAUUACAUCCAACACAAUGUAUCAGCUUCUCUAGAAUCUAGUCUCUUUCUGCCUGUGAACUGUCUCUGUUUGCUAAACAUUUUAUUCUUUUUUUAUUCCACAGCCUGCCUUAAUAAACAUUUUUAAUAUUACGUACAAGAA